AUGCUGCACGUUGCUAACCAAGCCUCGACAGCUUCCCGCCACCUGGUGCUAGCACGGAGAGUAUCGCGCGGCCCCUUGUGGGCUCCGUGCCUUAUGGUGUGUUCAUCUGCCUAUGCAUCGUGGGACGGACCUAACUUGCAUGUCCGUCUAGGCUCAAUCAUCACCACUUGCGCCAACCCAGGAACCUUGGCACUGACCUAUGAUGAUGGCCCUUACAUCUACACCUCCAACCUGCUCGACAUCCUUGAGGCCCAGAACAUCACCGCCACCUUCUUUGUCGCCGGUAACAACAUUGGCAAGAACCGGAUGGACAACCCCGAUACGCCUUGGCCGGCCGUGAUGCAAAGAAUGUACGCCGCCGGCCACCAUAUUGCAAGCCAUACAUGGACCCACCGCAACCUAAAUGAGGUCAAUAGCACCAUCCAAAGAACCGAGAUAAUCUACAACGAGAUGGCAUUCCGAAACCUAUUUGGCUGGAUUCCCACUUACAUGCGCCCGCCGUUUCUUGAAUGCGACGCCGGGUCAGGAUGCCAGAACCUGCUCAAGACACUCGGUUACCACAUCAUCAACGUUAAUAUCGACACCAAGGACUACAUGUAUGAUUCGCCUGAAGAGAUUCAGACCGCCAAGGACCGCUUCUCCAAUGGUGUCUCAACAAACGCGGCAGCAAACAAGUACAUCGAGCUGUCCCAUGAUGUGCACUAUCAGACCGUGGUCAACUUGACACAGUUCAUGAUUGACACUGCCAAGGCGCGUGGCUAUCGCCUUGUGACCGUAGGAGAGUGUCUCAAUGAUCCCAGAGAAAACUGGUACCGGUCAGCGGGUGGCGCUAUUAGCUCCGGCGUCGCAGUCGGCACGACGAGGACGACGACGACAACCUCGGUGCCCACUUCCGUGGCCUCGACGCCUAUCUCAUCGCCGCAGACCAGAGCCACGUCUAGCACAGCAUCCACCAGCGUCGCAACUCGCACAUCGUCGUCAAGUGUCCCUUCUUCGACCAACGUAUCACCGGACCAGACCUGUGGUGGCACCACGGGUUACACGUGCCUCAACUCAGCGUUUGGCAACUGCUGCUCCUACUAUGGAUUCUGGUAA